CCCCGAGCUACAGCAGCGCUUUUGUACGGUGUUUGCGCCGCAAAGACACUCUAGGUUGAUUUCACGAGGGGACUCUUGCCCCUCCUCGUGGCUCCAGAGAAGUAGGCGCAGAACUCUCCAACAGGAAACGCACGCUUUCCUGCUUUUACGUGCGGGUUUUGCAGCACUCGGCUUUUUUCUUCUAAAACUUGGCCGCAGGGGCUGUUCGCGGCGCAUAAAACUGCUCGUCGAGAGCUGUCUGUCGACAGCACAUCGCUGCGCAAAGCGUUGCGCGCCUCGCGCUACAUUUUAAAGCACAGCUCUCCCAGCUGGUGCUCUCUGAGGCAGACGGACCCGCACAGAUAAAAUGUCGGUAAAAAAACUCCUCUACGGCGUGCUCCAGGACGCUUUAGGCGACUACAUCGAGGGCCUCGCGCCCGAGUCGCUCAAGUUGGGGCUGUGGUCCGGUAAAAUAGAACUGCAAAAUCUACGCGUGAACACGAAGGCUGUCGAUGAGUUGAGUCUGCCCGUGCGGAUCGAGACUGGCACGGUCGGGAAGCUGUCGGUGGCCAUUCCGUGGUCGUCGCUGGGCUCGACGCCAGUAAGGAUCGCUAUCGAAAACGUCGACGUGACGCUCGCCUCACAGACGGACCCGGACCCUGACACGCUGCAGAAGGUCGUGGAGGACGCGUUGUCGGCGAAGUUGGAACGCGCCGACGCCGCGUGUCGACGCGCGCUCGAAGCGAAGACGGAAACAACCGAGACGGACCCGGGCUACAUGCGUCGAUUAGCAGCCAAGGUCGUGGACAACCUCGAGAUUAGUAUUACGAACGUCCGCGCGCGUAUUACUGCUGCCGACUGCGCGUGCUCGCUGUGGUGUCAAUCAUUAAGCCUGCAGGCGUGCGACGCAAGUUGGACGCCAUGUUUCGUCGACCGCGGGUCUACCAAGGAAUUGCUGAGAAAUGCCGUCUCACUGCAAGGCUUCAGCGUGACCUUCAACAACGAGGACGUGUUAGCGCCCGUCUCGUCUACGCUCAAGUUGACGCGGAACCCCGGCUGCAUCAUUGGAGACACACCGCAGUACGACGUCGAGCUCUCCUUGAAUGAUGUGCGCACAUCUAUAGAAUCGAGGGCUUUGAGAGGGUCGACGAAAUUGGUCGACGCGCUGACCCUCGCGGCGCGGCGCCAGAAAUUACUCGAUCAGCACCCCUACUACAUCCUGGGGAGUCGCGCGAGACCCAUCACCUCAAGUAACGCGCGCUGCUGGUGGCGCUACGCCGCUAGAUUAGCUUGCCCGGCGCUCGACGCGAAAAAACGCGCGUCCGAGGCGCUGCUCGGCCUCGCGCGGUCCGCGAAUGAUAGAAGGACGUACCUCGAUGCCUUACGGAAUGAGGAUCGGGCGACGAUGCGACGGAUUGAAAGAAAAGCGCCCUUCGAGGCGCUGCGCAUGUGGCGCCGCGACGACGUCGUCGCCACGCUAGAACGGGAGCGGGCUGAAGCAAGGAAGGCCGAGACGCAGCAGCGGUCGUCCUGGUUCAGCUGGAGGCGGUCGUCCAAGAGUGAAGACGCCUUCGAGGACGACGGCAGCGACGAGGGGGACGUGACCACUGAUGACAUAGAAGCACUACUCGAGCGGGACGACGAGGGCGAAUGUGCUACAGGAGGCGACUUUUUGAGGGUGCGCCUGUCCACGUCGCUCACCUGCACGGUGUCUCAUGACAAGAACGACCUCGCAUCCUUAAGCAUGAGCGGGUCCAUCAAUGCCAAGGCCACGGCGGGCUUCGCGUCGGUCGACGCGACGGCUGAUUUAACACAGUUCGUUUUGGGGGAUACGACGGGCAUGCUUUUGAAAAGCGGUGUCGCGAGCGGCGCGUGCAUCACCAGACGGGGCGCGGCGCCUUUACGAGUUGUGUUCGCGAAAGUUGAGGAUCGGACGUCGAUCUCCGUCACGGGCGACUCCUACGACGUCGCCUACCACAAGCCCUGGCUCUCUCGCGUCGUGGAAGCGUUGACGUCCGACGCCACGGCGAAAGCAGCGAGAGCCGCGGCCGAGCAAGCUAGGCGCUACCGGUCCAUCGUCGCUAAAGCAGCGGAAGGGGUGCUCCAGCGCCAGGGCGAGGCUUCAUCCUUCGCCUGGGACCCGUCGAAACGCACGUUGAUUAUAACUGUAGACGUGGGCGCGCCGACCAUACUCGUACCGAUGCAGUGGGACCGCGACGCUGGGCUGCUCGUGAUAGAUACGGGUAGUGUCAAUGUAGACGGCGGCGCGGCGGCCAAUGGCCAGCGCUGGGACGUCGCCUUGAUGGGCGCGACGGCGCGCGUCGGCGACCGCGACAUCGUAUUGUCGCCGCUGCGAUUGGAUAUCAGGGUGGACUUGGCGAACGACGCGCCCCUCGACGCCUCGAUCACGCUCUCGAAGUGUUCCUUGGGGAUGGCGCCGGACGAUAUUAGGGACGUCCUGGGCGUCGUGGCGUCGCUGGGCAAGGCCGAUGCCGUCGCCGUCGCUUCCGACGAUGCUACUACGGUGCCUCAACAACCGCAGGGCGUCGUGGGCCUCCGUUUACAUGUGAGGGCGCCGCUCGUCGAGCUCGCGAUCCUCGAGCCGGACCGGUCGAGGUGCAUGGUCCUCGCGAUCACGGAACUCAAAGCAUCCUUGGUGUCGGGCGGCAGCGGCCUUACGAUAAACGCCCUGCUCGGCGGCAUCAAACUCGCUCGAUCAAACGUGGCACUCAUCGAGACGCGGGGCGACGCGCGCGCCGCCGACGCCAUGCAGCUCGCUCGAACUGCUUUCGACGCGCUGCCGGCGCCGCCUUCUGACAAAGUGGACCGCACGGAUUCGGUGCUCGCGGUGCGCUUCCGGUCCGUCCCCACGCCUUCGGACGACGCCUUCCAUUCGGAUAUCGACGUCGAGUUCGCCACGUUACGUCUCGCCGUGGGCGCUAUUGAUUUAAAGCCGCUGGAGCCGUUCAUGACAGCGGUGCGCGGUGGAUUGGCGGGCUUCUCCGCUCCUGCGACGACAGUACAACAACAACAAGUGGUGGAAGUCUCGACGAAGCGCCUGCGCGUCUCGUUGCGACUGGGCGAGCUCGCGUGCACGCUGCGCAACGACCAGGGGGAUGUGGCGACGGCGGCGAUCGUCGGACUAGGAGCAUGUUACACAAAAAACGGCGACGCCCAGGCCACCUACGUGCGUCUGGCGAAAGUAGACGUGGCGGACACACGCGAUGCCACGUCUACAAACCAUUUCCGGUCCAUGGUCGUGCCCUGGAUUUCAUCAGAUGAUGCGCGAGGCGCGGCGCUCGACCGGCUCCUACAAGGAUCGGCGGAGCUGCAGCUGCCCCCUUCCGAUCUAAUGCUUGCUGUCGAUUAUGGUGAUGUGAGUGGCCGGAAGACCGUAUCGCUGACAGCGAAGCCGAUUACGGUGCAGUUACUCUUAGAACCGAUCGGCGCCGCGAUCGACGCGGCGUUGUCUACCAUAAAACAAAUUGUGGUCUUGGCCGUGGCCACACCUUCUGUUGAUGAUGAGACACCCGUACACGUGCAAGAGGGGUCCAUGAGUGUUCGAGUCGAGGUCCGGGCUUGUGAAGUGUUAUUAGUCGAGGACGCGUCGUCACAAACGUCGCGCAUGCUCUCCUUGAGGACCGGGGUCCUGUGUUCCUUGGAUGGCAAGGACGACCAGAGCUUCUCAGAACAGCUUCUAAAGGUAAGUGUGAGGGAUGUGGAGGCUGCUCUCAUUGAUGGUGUGGAGAAGAGUAUAUUGAAACCAACAUCGUUACAACUUAACCUAGAGAAGCGCUUCGCGUCGUCCGAGUUAUAUGAUUGGCGCUUGACUGGCGACGUCUCGCCCUUGAAUCUGCGGUUGAGCUACCGGGACGUGUUAAGUGUUGCUUCUAUAGCCAAAAAGGCGCCGUCCGCGGGGAGCACUGCCGUCGAGACCGAGGCAAAACCUCAGCCAAAGUCGAAUCGCGUCGUCACGGCCUCGCUCAAAUUCGACGUCUCAAGCAUUAGCGUCGCGUUAGUGGACGACGCGAAGGGCCCAGCCGCGCCGCUCGUCGACCUCUCGCUCACGGACCUCUCCACGAAUAUCAACGGCCCGUCCACGGAGCUCGAAGGUCACGUGACGACGACGCUGAAGGCGCGAGCCUUUGAUUUGAGGAGUUUGAGGUUUGAACCUCUCAUAGAACCCUACUCUAUGACUUGUCACGUGAAAGCCAAUGCAACAGACAAGAGCUGGGACGUCACGACUUCAUCGGAAGAUGUCCUAGAUGCCGUGUUAUCCACGGCCUUCGCCGCACGUUUGAUAAGGCUCCAGGGGAGUCUGCAAAAGGAUUUGUCAAUGAGCCGUACGAUUCGGCAACGGGAGGCCUUCUCCCUAAGGAACGAGACCGGUCUGGUGUUAGAUGUUAGAGCGGGCACGCGAGAGUGGACGCGCGUGGAUGCAGGCGCUUCAUUAGAUCUGAGGAGUCCUACACAGAUAGAAUGCCGGUUGCCCGGCGGCCGCAUUUUACCGGCGCUGCCGUGUAAGCGGCCCGCCGCCAUGCACCUGGCGCACGGUUUAAGAUGGUCCUGCGGCUUCGACGAGGACCAAGGGUUGAUUGUUGGGACGCUUUCUCGCAGAGCGGCUGUGACGAACAAAACUCUCGAAACGUUCGACGUCGCAUCAAGUGUCGAGGGCUAUGGGGAUUUCGAAGUUGUGUCGGUGAAGCCGGCCUCCCCAACUCAAGCGGGGCGCGGCGAAGGACACGCGACGCCCCUGCCUCCGUCGUUGUCCGGUGGUGCUUUACGAUUGCGCCACGGAGACAAGUGGGGCCGCCCCCACGUAUCUGGAGACGGCAAGGUCGCCGUCAAUUUCGACAAUGCUUGUGUCGUAGCUCAUUCUAAACAAGACGGGGGCGAGCCUUCUAUUGUUCUCCACGCGCCGGUGGUGGUGGAGAACCGGUUGCCGUGCGGCGUUCUGGUGAGGAUCCAGGCGAAAGCUAGAGAGGGGCGCUGCCGCGUCGAGCCGGGACGACGGUCUUCUUGUUGCGCCAUCGACGUCCAGGAGGGCUGCUGGCUUGCAUUAAGGGUCGGCAACCUGCGGGGUCGACUCAGGAAGCGCCUAGUACCGCAGGACCUGCCGAACCACGCGCGCAUGACGGCGACGGAAGCGAAGGGUCUCUACGAAGUGGCCUUGUCCGAAAAUAGUGAAGAUGUGUUGGCCGUGGCGAUCCGGGCCGAGCGGCGCCACCGAGGUCUAGGUUUAUUCGUAGUGAUCGAGGCGCCGCUCUGGGUCGUGGACCGAACUGGAUUACAUUUAGAUCUGGCGGCGGCGCCGGGCGGGUCCCUACUACCACCUGGCUUAGCCCGGAAGGCGUCCGAAGUUAGAAGAGCACUCCUGUCGUCUUCAUCGUCAAAGCAGAGUUCUAUCGGCGACGGCGAGAGAAUUGUGGAGACCGCCUCGUCGAAUUUGGUCAAGAUCGUCACGGUGGCGAGCGCGCGAAGGCAUUACCUCGCGAACCCGGCCAAGAGGGGCGAUCGCUUGUAUGCGGACGCCGACGCGUACGUCUUCGUAGCCUUACCUCCACCGUUGACGACGUGCCAGCGGUUGAUCACGCACGACGCCCACAAGGCCAUUGGGAGUCAGGCGUCGCAGUUAUUUGGCCAUGCUGCUAGAUCUGUGGGAGAAAACACGGCCUCGUUUUUACUUGGGGAUGAAGACAAACAGCGCUUUCUACAUUUGGAGGCUGGUAGUCAGGGAUUGGACCUGUAUGUGGCGACCGACUCCCGAAUCAACCGGCCGCCUUCUUGGGUCGUGGACCACUUCGAGAGGUGCCCGGAGCCGAUCGUAGCCGAGAAAAGGCGAGGCGCAUUGGAUUUUGGUGGUAUUGACCAACGCAAAUAUGAUGUGUGGGUGCGUCGUUUGGUCAAAGACGAAACCAUAGACCUAGGCCCGAACGAGCAGAAGACUCAUUACCUCGUUUUUCUUGGAGAAGGUACGGCGUCCUCCUCAUCAACACCAGAUACGGUGAUACUGGGCGACUGGGUUAUGAAUUGGCCGGGCUACGCCUGGGCCGAUCCCCUCAUUACGGGGAGAAGGUUGCUCGCGGCUAGAGACAAUUCGUUGGCCGUCGGGUGCCGAGGGGCUUGGAGUUCGAGAUAUUCAGUGGGCGCGUCGGAGUUUCCCAUCUUGUUGGAUUGUAGGGAUGGGAGACGGUUAGAUUUAGAAGUCAGAUCGCAUGCUCUAGGUGGGGCCUUCGGACGAGGUGGUGGUCGUUCGGUCGAGGUCGCGCCGAGGUUAGCUCUGAGGAAUGUGGAUGACAAAGUGCAAAUAUUAGUAAGACGCCAGGACGAUGCAAAUGCGGAGAACUGGAUGCAAUUACCACCUUCAAUGAAGCAGGCCCAGGCCUGGCACUGGCCCGCCGACGGAAGUUUAGUUGACAGACGAAAUGUUGUUGGAAGGGUCCAGUUCGGCGUCGGCGGCUUCUGGUCCGCGCCCGUGCCUCUGGAUCGCGUUGCAGGACAUGCUUUAUUUGUAGAAAGAGCGGAUGUUGUUAUUAGAGUCGAAAUUAGGGCCAAUGAUGACGUGUCAAAACCGCCCCACGAGGCCGUCACUGUAAGAUGUGCUGUAGAUAGAGUUGACAGGAGGCCCCUGUUCCUGGUGAGGAACCAGUCGUCGCAAUACCUGCAGGUGAGGCACACGGACAAAAAGGUGGCUUCGCUAGAACCUUCCUCAUGUAAAGUCGUGGGAUUCGUGGACGUCGACGCUCCUCGUAGUUUAGAGGUCAUCAGCCCCCAGUCGAAAGAUUCUGUCGACGUCGGCUGCGUCUCGGGGCCGCUAUCCUUGUCAGGAUUGGACGCUCGCGUCGCGCUCGAGGACGGCGCGCGGGUCCUUGUGAUAAAUGACGGCGGCGAGGCCUUCGAGGAGAAGGAUUUAAAUGAAGAAUCUAGUGUACGACGCGCCUUGACGCUCAAGCUCAAAGAGGCGAGACUCCACGUCGUCGACGGUAGGGGCAAGAAUCGGUCAGAAGUCCUCUCACUCAUUGUGGGAGACAUGCGCUACGCCCAGGCCACCGAAGGCUUAAAUAGGGAGACGGAAGUGUCCAUAAAGGCGCUGCAGGUCGACCAGUUCGCUCCGGAGACGCGGUGGCCCGUUUUAUUACGAGGUAAGGACACACCGGUCUUCGAGGCGGCGUCGGCCUCGGAGGGCGCUACUCUCCGAUACCUGGCGGCGAAGCUUUUACAGUUGGAGGUGGGCACGGAUACCACCUCCUUACGAGCUUUGGGUAGAGUAUGGACGACGUUGUCUGACGCGAGGACCGAAGCGCUGGAUCGACGCGUUUCCACCGAUCCAGGCAGGUGGGCCGAGGCUCUACUCUUUUCCACCGAUCCUCCAGAGUCGACCGAAGAAGCUAGAACGGCGACCUUCGAACCAAGAGGUGUAGUGGACGCGUUGGUCUUGCACCCCGUCCAACUUACGACCUCAUUCUCUCCCGUAUAUAACGAUGAUGAUGAAGGCGACGCGGCGGUCGAGCGCAUGGGCUUCGGCGCGUUGGCGAACCUCGCGGAGAUCGACCGAGCUGAGGUCCAGCUCAAGUCCUUCUGCGUCGAGAAGGCGGUGGAGGAGCCCGGGUUGCUCGCGAAGACUAUUAGAAGACACUACGUCCUCUCACUAGUACAGCAGCUCCAUAAAGUGGUCGGUUCUCUGGCCUCGAUCGGCCAGCCCCUGAAUCUGGUAUCGACCAUCGGCGGCGGCGUCAAGCAGUUCUUCUACGAGCCGUCGAAGGGUAUUGUCGAAAGCCCGACAGCGUUUGCCAAGGGCGUGCAUCGAGGGACAUCAGCCUUAGCGUCUUCUGUCGUCGGUGGGUUUGCCACUUCGAUCGGUGGUGUUGGGAAUGUGCUCGCGAACAAUGCCUCACUCUUGGCGGGCGACGCGUCGUACUCCCAACAGCGCGACGCGCGUCGACGCGCUUCCAAGGGCCAGAAUAUGGCCUCUUCCGCUGCUGGUGGUGCGGAGAGCGUCGUAAGGGGUGUAGGGGAAGGAGUGGCGGGCGUGUUCUUGCAGCCGGUGCGGGGUGCCCAAAAGGGCGGUGUCGGUGGGUUCUUCAAGGGCGUGGCGCGGGGCGUCGCCGGUGUGGUCGUGAAGCCCGUUGUUGGUGUGCUCGACGGCGCGACGCAGGUCGUCGAAGGGAUCGGCACGGCGGCGGGCGGCGGCGCGGCGCCGCGCGCGUCGCAUGUGACGGGGCCCCUGCGCUUCGUGCGGCUCCCCGACUCGGACGAGUGCGCGCUGCGCGGGACGGAGCCGCUCGGCGACUGACGUGUGAUUUUGCUUUCGUAAUCUUGUGUGACUUUUA